AGCAGUGAAUAGAGGUUAUAUUUUUAAGGUUUAAUUUUGAUUUAAAAAUGGCCUACCGAGAUUCUGCUUUCUCUGAGGAACAUCCAAGAAAUUUGAUUCCUGAAUUAUGUCGGCAAUUCUAUGAUUUAGGUUGGGUUACAGGAACAGGUGGUGGUAUCAGUAUAAAACAUGAGGACAAAAUUUAUAUUGCCCCUUCUGCAGUGCAAAAGGAGAGAAUUAAACCUGAGGAUAUGUUUGUCCAGACCAUAGACAACAAAGAUUUAGAACUCCCUCCUCCAGAGAAAAAGCUUAAAAAGAGCCAGUGCACACCUUUAUUCAUGUGCGCCUAUACAAUGAGGAACGCAGGGGCUGUCAUCCAUACACAUUCCAAGGCUGCAGUGCUGGCAACAAUGCUAUUUCCAGGCAAAGAAUUUAAAUGCACACAUUUGGAAAUGAUAAAAGGGAUAAGAAACCAAAAAACUGGUGUUAAUUUUAGAUAUGAUGAAGAGCUAAUAGUGCCCAUUAUUGAAAACACUCCAUUUGAAGAAGAUUUGAGAGACAUGUUAGCAGAGACUAUAAAAAAAUAUCCCCACACUUGUGCAGUGCUGGUUCGUAGACAUGGGGUAUAUGUUUGGGGAGAUACAUGGCAGCAUGCAAAAACCAUGACUGAGUGCUAUGACUAUUUAUUUGAUGUAGUGGUGCAGAUGAAGCAACUUGGACUUGACCCUUCGCUAACCCCAGAGCAGUACGAAUUAAAAAUUCAGAAAUCUCAUACCAGCAGUAAAUAGAAAAUAAUUACAAGUUAUUAAAUCAAAAUUGUAAAUAAAUGAAUUUGUUGUAUUUGUUAUUAUUAAAUAUUUUUUCUGUA